AUGUUGAGCAGGCUUCAUUCCUACUUGCCCAAGCGCACAGUUGCGGCUCCCGGUUCUCAAACUGCAAAGGAAAAAACGUCGGUAGACGUCGAAGCAGAGAGCAGAAAUGAUUCCUCUGACCUUGUUCACACCCUGACGGAGACAAAGCGUCAGAUCGGUGUCAUCAGCGCCUUUUUCCUCAUCUUCAACCGUAUGGUCGGAACCGGCAUCUUCGCAACCCCGAGCACGAUAUUCUCGCUGUCCGGCAGCGUCGGCCUUAGCCUCUUCAUCUGGGUUGCUGGCAUGAUCAUCGCUAUGUGCGGUAUGGCAGUCUACCUGGAGUUUGGCACUGCCAUCCCAAAGAAUGGAGGCGAGAAGAAUUACUUGGAGUUUGUCUAUCGACAUCCCAAAUACCUCGCAACAGGAUUCUACACGGGAUAUGUCGUCCUCCUUGGAUGGGCCGGGUCCAACUCGGUCAUUUUCGGGGAGUACAUUCUCCAUGCUGCUGAGGUGGAAGUCACCAGGUGGAACCAGCGAGGAGUUGGGCUGGCCUGCAUCACUGCCGCAUUUCUCAUUCAUGGAUGUGCGCUCAAGUGGGGAUUGAGGCUGCAGAACCUCCUUGGCAUCAUCAAGCUGAUCAUUGUGUUGCUCAUCGUCGUGUCUGGAUGGGCUGCUCUUGGUGGUGCUCUCAAGAUACCGAAGCCCCACAACUUUGACAAUGCAUUCGAAGGAACUACAGGCAGCGCGUAUGGCGUCGUCACCGCCUUGUACAAUGUCAUCUGGUCUUAUAUCGGAUAUUCGAAUGCGAAUUACGCCCUCAGUGAAACGAAGAAUCCAGUUCGCACCCUCAAGAUCGCGGCACCAGCGGCAAUCAUAUUUGUGUCGAUCAUUUACAUGCUCGUCAACAUUGCUUACUUUGCUGCCGUUCCCAAAGAAGAGAUCAUAUCUUCCGGCCGCAUUCUUGCGGCAUCCUUCUUUCGUAAUGUCUUUGGAAAACGAGCAGAACGGGCACUUUCCGUGUUUGUUGCACUAUCCGCCUUUGGGAAUGUCCUCAGCGUCAUUUUCUCUCAAGGUCGCUUGGUCCAAGAACUCGGGCGUGAGGGAAUCCUCCCGUUCUCCCGGUUGUGGGCAAGCAACAAGCCGUUCAACGCACCUCUGGCUGGUCUCUUCGAGCACUGGUGUGUCUCGGUGAUCAUCAUGCUUGCACCUCCUCCUGGAGAUGCAUACAACUUCAUCCUGAACGUUAUUUCGUAUCCCCUGUCUAUUGUUAAUGCCUUUGUCGCCGCGGGACUUUUGUAUCUCUACGUCAACCCCCAUCGCUGGGAAUGGUCGCCGCCCCUCCGCGCAACAUGGCCUGUGACCCUGGUUUUCUUUCUCAGCAACCUUUACCUCGUCGCAGCUCCAUUCGUGCCACCUAGCGAAGGACAAAACGUGUACAAGGAUCUUCCAUACUACCUGCACUGUGUAGUCGGCAUGGGGAUCAUUGCUGCUGGAGGAGUCUAUUGGCUCAUCUGGGCUGUCCUGUUUCCGCGCAUCGGCAAGUACGAGCUUGUCAGAGAAGUCGAAGUCAGUCCAUUGGACGGAUGGGAGAGGAAUGUGUUUUCAAGACGCAAGCCAACGGAAGACCGGAAGUCUAGACGCAGUGAGAGCUUGACUGCAUUCUAA